CUUACCGAUCCAUCUCCACCAUCCAUCCUCGGUAUCAUCAACGGCAAAUACAGACGAUUACCCCAGACUCGGACCCGCAUUGUCAAAGAGUUUGAGAUUAUUCCAUUACUCAACCAUUUGCAAGGGUAGCCCGAAAUGAGUACGCGACGCCCGAGAAGACUGCUUGCUGCUUGCCAUCGGUGUCAUUCGCAGAAGAUUAAGUGCUCGGGUGAGAAACCUUGCCAGUCUUGUAAGUCGACGGCCAGGGCGGAUGAAUGUGAGUUCCCUGCGAACAAGGAGCGAAAGAUACCAAUUGCUGAGAGUUACCUCAAGAAGCUCGAAGAAGAUAGCAGACGACUCCAGGCUAUCACAACCCAUAAUCAGACUCCCGAAACCAAUCCGACAUUCACUCCCUUCGAGGAUCAAGAAACCCGAGACGAUGCGCCUCCAUCUCUUUCAAAAGAAGAAAGCAAUCUAUUCAACCCUCUCUUCGAUAGACAACCGGAAAAGCCGAUCCAAGAACGAUCCUCAGAACCAGGCUUCAUCGGCGAAGCCUCAUGCGCUGCUUUCAGCAACAGACUUUUAUCAUGUCUCGACGAUACAUACACCCCCUCGACAGCUGGCCUGUCCAACUAUCAUCGAAUGAACACAUAUGGUAGACUGGCAGUAGAUCAAGGACCCGAGUUUCCUGAGCGGAUGCACGUCAAGUUACUCCUCAACGUGGCCCGAAGAUUCAUAGGGAACUACCAUCCAUUGUUUCUGAAAGUUACGUUCAUGAAGGAGAUUGAUGCUGUUUAUCGAAGGGAAGUGGUGCCAUCAGCACUGUGGCUGUGUAAAUUUUAUGCACUCAUGGCCUUGGGAGAGAUAUAUACACAUAGAAGGGGAGUGGGUGACAAUAACAGAGUGCCGGGAACGAACUACUACGUUAGGUCGGUCAAUCUGUUGCAAGAGAACCAAGAUCUAUAUGAGGAGCCUUCUUUGAUGCAGGUUGAAGUUCUCACUCUACUAGCCUGGGCAUCAAACAUACUGGGCCGGAUACGAACAGCGUACUGCUAUAGUGGGAUAGCCAUGCGCCUGGCUCAAAGUCUAGGUAUGCACAGAUCUGCGUCGAGGCAUACCACUCUCUCGCCUGUCGAACGAGAGAGUCGAAGGAGAACAUGGUGGGUGCUUUACUUCUUCGACCGGUUCUCAGCAUCAAAGCUUGGCCAGCCUAUCACCGUCCGAGAUGAGGAUAUUGAUGUUGAGAUGCCGAGUAUGGAUGGUUUGACAAAGGAUGAGACGGCGGAGUUUCUCGACCCGCAGAAUCUUAUUAUCAAUAUCAAGCUAGCUAAGAUCAUUGGAAAUAUCUUGACACAUAUUUAUGGUAUACCCAAAGCUACGAACGGUCUUUACAUACAUCAAGUCCACGGCAUUCUUAAACAACUUCGAGAAUGGCAUGAUGAAUUACAAUCCGACAUGCGCGUCAAAGAACGAGGUACUCCUCGACCCGUUGCAAGUCUUCAUCUUGCAUACAAUCAAUGCAUCAUACAAACAACUCGACCUGUUCUACUUCACCUCUUCAAGACUCAGUUCCAACUAGGCACCAAAGUGAGAGAAGAUGCGUUGCCACGACAGAACGUCUCAUCUAUCACUCUUGCUUUGGCAGAGAGUUGCGUCAACGCUGCUCAAGCAUCAAGCCGUAUCGUGGAAGGCCUGUUUUUAGAUGGUAGCAUCGCGACCUUUGGAUACUGGGAUGCACAUCAUAUAUUCUCAGCAGCCAUGGUUCUCAUCAUGUCAGCAGUAAUGAAACCUACAGCCGUCAACUCAGAUCAUCUCGAGACCUUACUAAGUGUCUUACGAUCUCUGAAGAACGACGGCAACAUCCCAGCAGUCGACUUUUGCGAGAGACUAUCAGACAUUCAAGCCCGUGUGUUAACAUUGCGGGCAACAGGUAGAUUAGAUGGGAUGAGCUUCGAUAGACCCCCAAUGAUCACACAAACUCCCAAUUCCCUGCCAAAGGAAGUCCCACAAGCUCAGGAACAAGCUUUCCAAACACCAAUGAGUAUGGAUAAUGGCUCUGGGGUAUGUGAAUCUGGAAUUAUCGGUUACGAAAAUGUUGAUAUCCUGGGUAAUCCUCUUAUUGGUAGCUUCUUGGAUGGAAAUCAAGUACAGUGGUUAGAUGUGUUAUUCACGGAGGAUGGAACGUUAAGGGAAUUUGCUUCUGAGAUUGAAGAACCAUUUCUAUUCAGAUAGAACACAAAGAAUAUAAUGUCCUCGGUGACAUUGGGCCAGUAACCAUCAGUGUACUGAUUGCCGU